AUGUCGCGCCGGUACGACUCGCGCACGACGACAUUUUCGCCAGAGGGUCGGCUGUACCAGGUUGAGUAUGCGAUGGAGGCCAUCUCUCACGCGGGCACCGUGCUCGGCAUCCUUGCGGAGGACGGCGUCGUGCUUGCCGCUGAAAAGAAGGUCACCAGCAAACUGCUGGAGCAGGAUAAGAGCAGCGAGAAGAUCUUCCAGCUCAGUGGCAACGUGCUGGCGGGUGUGGCCGGCAUGACGGCGGACGCGAACUCACUGGUCAACUAUGCGCGCAAUGAGGCGCAAAAGUAUCUGCUUUCCUACGACGAUGACAUCCCCGUGGAGCAGCUGGUGCAGCGCGUGUGCGACUUGAAGCAGGGGUAUACACAGUUCGGAGGCCUGCGUCCCUUUGGUGUGUCGCUGCUGUAUGCAGGCUACGACGCGCACCAUGGCUUCCAGCUGUACCAGUCCGACCCAUCGGGCAACUACUCCGGCUGGAAGGCGACGUGUGUGGGCAUGAACAACGGCACCGCCACGAGCCUGCUGAAGCAGGACUACAAGGUCGACAUGAGUGUCCAAGAGGCCCUCGGCCUCGCGGCGCGCGUGCUGAGCAAGACCAUGGAUACGACGGCGAUGGAGAGCGACAAGCGUACGUCCCCCUAUCUGACACCAGUGGAAUUCGCCAUUCUCCGGCGGCGUGCACAGCCUGCAGACGCGCCACUGCUCCAUAUCCUGUCGCCGAGCGAAAUUGACCGUGUGCUCGAGCGGCACGGGCUCGCGAAGCAGGGCGAGGGCGCGGACGCGCCGAAAAAGAGCGAGUCGAUGGCGGUGGACGCUUAG